AUGUCUGCCAAAUUACUUUCACUUUCUCUUCUCGCCUUUGCAAAGCUGGGGUUGGCAGCCCAUGAGUACAGCGAUAAUGAUUGGGCAAACAAUCAUGACUAUGUCAUCAAGGACCUUGCACCUAUUUGGUUCUUUUCAGACGGCGCUUGCUAUCCUCAAGCCGCUGAAAUCAACGGCCAGCAGACAAAUGGAAAUGGCGCCAGCGGCUGUGGUGUUCCUGCCGGAAGUCAUCUGGAUUCUGGCUGCCAGUCUCCUGGCCAAUGGAGGGGCGCAGGUACCCAAGGCACCUCAUUCCCGACGUACUGGACUACUACCGACUGCAAUGACGGCACAAGACGCGUUUGCUACGAUAUUUAUUUCCGUCAUGAUUCGGGACACGAGUCGGACUGGGAAUACGCAUGUGUAGUCCUGUCCAGGGACAGAAACGGCUUAUGGUUCCGUAACGGUAUCAUCUUAGAGGAGGAUCCUAACCAGGCAUAUAUCUCUUGGGGUGACCUGGAGACCUGGGACAACGGGCAAUCAUUCACGGACGGGAGCAAAAGGAAUGGUAACCAUGCUAUGAUCUACUCGGCCAAGUUUCAUCAUACUAUGUUUGCUCACCAGUACACCGGGCUGGGCAAGAACAACUGCGCUACAACUGUAUCCGAGAUGUUCCGCAACAAUGACUUCUAUUGGCCCGCCGCCAAUAACCUUCAGCCAGGCACAAAUAUUCCUCGCAACUGGAACUGGGGCAAGGCUGCGUCUAACCCCCAGGCCUUAGCUAGCUCAGUCUGCGGCUACCAUCCAUUCUAA